GCUCAACCCCAGUGCUCGUUUAGAAAAACUGCAGCUUGCUCGCACAAUAGACAUGACUCUUGUUCCUAGUAUGUUUGCUCAGCGGGAAAUCUCCAGUAGGGUACACUGGGCUGGUUUUAAGGGGACGAAGCGCCUUCCGCAACCGGGAGGGUGCGCGCUGCGUUUGGCUCAGUCGCUAAACGUGGGGCGGCUGGCUCUCUCGGGGGCGGUAUGCGGGG